CACAGGUCCGCAUCCUGUGGCGCGGAGCGGAGGGCUGCGGAUUUGGCUCUGAAGGGCAGAACUUUUCGUGAGCUUGAAAGAAAGUGAAAAGUCAGCGGCGGGAAAACGCAGCGUUUGAGUCAGUGUAAUUUUUCAGUUUUUGAAGCGUAUCGGUGCGUGAGUCAGUUCUGCACGCAUCUCGAGUUUCUAAAAUGAUUUGAACCCCCGGGAGCCACGCCACGGAGACUGCGUUGAAACGGAGGGCUAGGAUGAAGCUCUGCUCGCAGGCCACCGUUCACAUCCUCAUCUUCCUCCUGGUGCUGUGGGCUCGGGUAAGAGGGCAGUGCCAGGACCCCCCAGCUUCCCCAAAACUGAACCUCUCCACCACCUACAGACUCCCCAGCUUUGAGGCGGACACCCCCAUCCAGAACAUGGUGCUGUUUGACGGGCGUGUGUACGUGGGAGCGGUGAACAGGAUAUACUCGCUGACUGAGGACCUGCAGAAGCUUUCAGAGUUUGAGACCGGGCCCGUGCUGGAGAGCCCUGACUGUCUGCCCUGCCAAGCCUGCCCCGAGAAGACCAACGCCUCAGCAACCGUCGCCACGGACAACGUCAACAUGGCCCUGCUACUAGAGACCUUCUACAACGAGGAGCUGAUCAGCUGUGGCUCCGCCCACUCGGGGGUGUGUCAGAGCCACGUGCUGAACGACAGCCUGCAGAACGCCAAGGUCAAGUGCAUGUUUUCCGCUAAGACCACCGGGGGGCGCCACGGGUGCCCUGACUGCAUCGCCAGCCCCGCCAGAACCCGGGUCCUGAACGUGAAGGGCGAGAACGUGGUGAUGUUCUUCGUGGGGAACACGGUGACCCCCUCGGCGUCCGGGACGCCCCUCCAGCACAGUUUCUCUGUGCGGCAGAUGAAAGAGUCUCAGGACGGCUUCAGCUUCUUCUCCGAGCGCUCGUACCUGGACCUGUCGCCGCCGCUGCGGGACAGCCACCCGAUCCGCUACGUCUACGCCUUCCAGAGCGGGCCGCACGCCUUCUUCCUGACGGUGCAGCCGGAGGAGGUGGGGUCUCGGGCGUUCCACACGCGCGUGGUGCGGACCUGCUCCUCGGACCCGGAGCUGCGGCGCUAUGCGGAGAUGCCCUUCGAGUGCAUCCUGACCCGGAAGCGCCGGCGCCGCUCCGCGCAGGUGGAGGUGUUUAACGUCCUGCAGGCGGCCCACGUGGCGAAGGCGGGCCGCGCCCUGCGGGAGGAGCUGGACCUGCAGGAGGGCGAGGACGUGCUGUUCGCCGCCUUCGCCCGCAGCCGCUCCGACUCCGUCCAACCCACACCCAGCUCCGCCGUCUGCGUCAUCGCCCUCAGAGACCUCAACGCCUUCUUCAGAAACUUCAUCCUGAAGAGGGAGACCAGACCCCCCCAGCACUUCACAGGACCCGACGAGAGUCGCAGCUUCAGCCCGAGCGACGCGGACGACCCCUCCGACUGCGGCAGUCACGGGCGGGGCUUUCAGCUGGAGGUGACCAGCACCAUGAAGCGCCUGGACUACCUGCACGGCCAGUUCCGCAACGUCCUGCUCACCUCAAUCGCGGUCUCACCUGUGCAGGACGACACCGUGGCAACCCUGGGAACCGCAGACGGCCGAGUCAUCCAGGUGGUGGUUUCCCGCUCCAAACAAAGGACGGCCCACGUGAACUUCCGAUUGGCCACGCUGCCCGUGUCCCCGGCGGCGGCUCUGCUGUCGUCCCCGCGGCCACACGGCUCCGCAUUGUUGGUGACAGGAAACAAGAUCACCAAGGUUCCGCUGGCUGGUCCCGGGUGCGAGCAGCUGUGGUCCUGCAGCUCCUGCCUGCUGGCCCCACCCUUCAUGGGCUGUGGCUGGUGUCAGAACCGCUGCUCCAGGUCGCAACAGUGCCCCACCUCACACUGGACCCAGGACUCGUGCACCCCCACCAUCACCGCGAUCUGGCCGGCGAGCGCUCCUGUGGGAGGCGAGACCAGAGUCACCAUCUGCGGCACGCAUUUCGGCUUCAGCAAGGGCGAGAGGUUCGACGCGGGUCUGAUCAAAGUAGACGUCGGUGGAGCCCCAUGCAAACUGGACCCAAAGGAGAGCAGCAGCAAUCGGCUGGUCUGCAAGGCGGGCGCGGUGACAGUCCCCCUCAGCAAGCGCAUGGUCAGGGUGUACAGUGGGAAGGAGAUGGCACAGAAAGAGGGCUUCUCCUCAGUGGACACUGUUAUCAGUGAGAUCUUCCCCAUGUUUGGGCCAAAAUCUGGAGGGACGAUGCUGACCAUCCGAGGAGACUUUCUGGACAGCGGUACCCAGAGACAGGUUUCCGUUGGAGAUGCGCCGUGUGAGCUGCGGAGUGUGUCAGCCAGCGUGUUGGUGUGUAAGACCCCACCACAGUCCGCCCGGUCGAGUCACCCAGUUAAGCUGAAGAUCGACUCGGCUGUCCGCGAGGCGGCCGUCCGCUUCAGCUACAAUGAGGACCCCUUCAUUGAGAGCAUCCAGCCCACCCGCUCCUUCAUCAGUGGAGGAAGCACCAUAUCCGCGCACGGGGCCUACCUGCACUCCGCGCUGCAGCCCAGAAUGAUCAUCGCCCCGCAGCGGGACAGCAGGGUCCUGCAGGUGACCUGCAUGCAAGGUGAGGACAGGCAGGUAAUCCUCUGCACCACGCCCUCGCUGAAGGACCUGAACCUCCACCCGCCCGUCUUCACCAGCGUGUCCUUCGUGCUGGACGGCUUCACCACCAGGCAGUUCGAGCUGCUCUACGUGGAGGACCCCAGGUUCGAGGAGUUCGAGAAGCCCACCGUCACCUCCAAAGGCAGCAAGAGCAUUCUGGAGAUCAAGGUUCCUCGGGUGGACGUGGUGGCAGUGCAGCAGGGUGAGGUGCUGAGAGUGAGUAAUCACAGCUGUGAGGAUGUGCACCUGAAGGGGAACACGCUGGAGUGCACCGUCCCCCCCGAGCUGCAAGCCGUCACCAGAGAGCUGAAGGUGGAGUGGAAGCAGGCCCACUCCUCGGUGCCGCUGGGCAGGGUGGUUCUGGCUCAGGAGCAGGAUUACAGGGGGCUGCUGGGGGGUGUGGUCUCCAUCAGCACGGUGCUGCUGCUGCUGCUCGCCCUGCUGGCCUGGAGGAGGAAGAAGAAGCACAUCGAGGAUUUAGCUGAGGGUAUGGUUUGGUAUGACGGACGGGCUCACCUCCCACACUUGGACAUGUUGGCAAACGCCAGGAGUGUCAGUCCGACUAAUGAAAUGGUCUCCCACGAGUCUGUGGACUAUAGAACCACGUUGCCAGAGGACCAGACGCUGCCGCUGUCGCAGGCGGAGUCCUGCAGACUCCCGCCCUACCCGCACGCGGACCUGUCCCCCAUGUUGUCGGGGGGCGACGCCGAGCUGGCCACGCCCUUCCUGCCGGGCGGGGUGCACAUCGACACGGCCAGCCUCCCGCCAGAGCUGCUGAAGGAGCUGCAGCACGUGGUGAUCAGCCGAGACGACCUGCUGCUGCACGUCAAUGAGGUCAUCGGGAGAGGGCACUUUGGCUGUGUUUAUCAUGGGACCCUCCUCGACCAGGACGGAGUGAAGCUACACUGUGCCGUAAAGUCCCUGAACCGGAUCACAGACAUGGAGGAGGUGGAGCAGUUCCUGAAGGAGGGCAUCAUCAUGAAGGACUUCAGCCACCCGAACGUGCUGUCCCUGCUGGGCAUCUGCCUGCCCCAGGAGGGCUCCCCGCUGGUGGUGCUGCCCUACAUGAAGCACGGAGACCUGCGCAACUUCAUCAGAGACGAGUCACACAAUCCAACGGUGAAAGACCUCAUGGGUUUCGGUCUCCAGGUGGCACGGGGCAUGGAAUACCUGGCCAGCAAGAAGUUUGUCCACAGAGACCUGGCAGCCAGGAACUGCAUGCUGGAUGAGAGCUACUCUGUGAAGGUGGCGGAUUUCGGGCUGGCACGGGACGUGUACGAUAAGGAGUACUACAGCGUCCACAACAAGAGCGGCGUCAAGCUGCCAGUCAAGUGGAUGGCCCUGGAGAGCCUGCAGACGCACAAGUUCACCUCCAAAUCUGACGUGUGGUCGUUUGGCGUGUUGCUGUGGGAGCUGAUGACCCGCGGGGCCCCGCCCUACUCUGAUGUCAACUCCUUCGACAUCACCGUGUUCCUGCUGCAGGGCCGAAGACUUCUGCAGCCAGAGUUCUGCCCUGACGCGCUGUACAACGUCAUGAUCGAAUGCUGGCACCCCAAACCAGAGAGGCGCCCCACCUUCUCCGAGCUGGUGUCCCGGAUUUCCGCCAUUUUCUCCAGUUUUAGUGGAGAGCACUACAUCCUGCUGAACACCACCUACGUCAACAUCAACAAGGUGACACCCUACCCCUCACUCAUCUCCUCCCAGGGCAACCUGGACCGGGUCUGCUGCACCUGAGAGCCGAGGAUCACGGGAUACGUAAAGACAAUGUGCUGCCUGUGAGAGACUGCUUUACAUGAGCCACUGACACUGGACUGAGCAUGGAGACGGCCUAUCAGAGCCCCAGCAGCCUGGCCUUCACUGUAAAUGAACUGACAGAUCAUUCAUGCCCUCUGUUUCUCUUAGCUGAACUUUGACCCCAAAAGGGGGGCAACUGAGUGACCACUGUGGGUGAGGAAGGCCUGCCUGCUUUGGUCGUGACCCACUGCUGUCACCUUUGACCCUCUCACUGUUACCUGUGUGUCUGUGCUCCGUCCACCGACCUGGCCAGGACCACUUCAGAGAGGGAGGUGGGUGGAGCCACUGUUACUGAAGUGUUUCUGGGCAAGUCACCUGCCUUUGGGGCGAGGCUUGGCACUUAAAGAACAUCGUCUGACAGACUUCCACUUGCCACUCUUUCCUUGAAGCUAAGAGGCCUUUUAACCCCUUCCUGGGACAGUGUUCUGCAUGUCGGUAUAAGUGCUGCAUGAAGCAGGCUCGUGUUUCUUAAGGUUUGUGUGUACAGUAUGUGAUGUUACUGAAGCUAAACUCAAUCACUGGUAGUGAAAACUAUUUUUCUGGGGUAGGACAACAUUUUACAACCUUGCCAGCAGUACACUGGAUAGUCUGCGCGUGUAAUCAUCGCUGGCAUUUCUCUGGUCUUCUCUUCACGUCUGGUAAACACUGUGCGAGUCACCUGUAAGAAGUGUACACAUUUCAGAAUAAAGUAGGUGUAUUCCUUCCCGUUUGUGUAUCAGGUUGUUUAGGCUCGCUGCUGUUGGUCCUGAGGUGACCAGUUUAGUUUAGAAUAUGAACACUUUCAACGUGCAGUUCUAUAUUUUUUUAUGACUGAAAAGUUAUAUUUAAAAGCACAGGAGAAUCAGUUUUAUGGGAUACACAGUGAUACAACACAAAUCCAGAGUCUUUAUUCCACUGAACUACAGCACCUGUGGAAAACAUGGACGGGUUUUCACACCUGUUUCGUGUCACAUCCUGAACGCAUAAAUGUCACAGCGGAAAAUUAUGGACCGGACAACAGCGCAUAUGGAAAACAACUGGUGUGAGUGAUGAUCACCUUCAGAUGCUUAUCUCUUCUUCCGCAUCACUGGAAUACUUUCCGUUCGAAUGCCGUG